CACACACACACACACACGUGCAAGAACGCAGGCAGGACUUCUUGUGCUCAGGCACAUCACGCACGCAAACCGCACGCACGCAGUGCCUUGCAAGCAACGUUUCUUCUUCCUCCGCUUUCAUUCUCUUCCUCGUCUUGCAGCCUCACCUGUCCUGGCUGCGACACAGUGUCUGCAUCUUUGUCGACGACUAGUUAGGAAGGAAGCAAGGGGUACAGACAGGAUGAAGAAGCAGGCGACACCGCUGCCUGUGCUGAAGGUGGCCAUCAUUAGCGCCGUCCUCUUUGCCAACCAGUACUCCGGCAUGGUCAUCUUCCCUUUUCUUGCAUUCAUGACCCAUGACUUCUUCCCAGAGUUGGACCGCACCCAGCUCGGCACAUACGCAGGCAUCCUCGGCUCUGCCUUUCACUGUGGGUCGCUCGCUGGGAGCAUAGCGUGGGGACGGCUCGCCGACAAGCACGGCCGGCGGCCCAUCAUGCUGCUCGGCAUCCUGGGCACGCUUGCCGCCAUUGUCGGCUUUGGCUUCUCCACCACCUUUGGCAUGGCCGUCUUCUUCCGGUUCCUGUGGGGCGCUCUCAACGGCAACAUUGGCGUCGCAAAAGCAUAUCUCUCAGAAGUGUGCGACGAGACAAACCAGGCGCGCGGGUUCAGUGUGAUUGGGCUUGGUGCCGGUGUUGGCCGGCUGCUUGGUCCGGCCACAGGCGCCUUCCUCGCCCGCCCCGCACAGCAGUUCCCAGCCAUGUUUGGUGACUCUGCCUUCUUCAAGAAGUACCCCUACCUGCUGCCGUGCCUCGUCGGCGGUAUCGUCUGCAUCGUGUGCUUCGUGCUCGCCUUCCUCUUUCUCGAGGAGACAAUGCCACGGACACGCGAGCAGCAGCUGCACGUCAUUGCAUCACGCGACGGCAGCGAUCACCACCAGCACAGCAACAGCGCCAAGCACAAGCACGCGCGCGCGAAGCGGGCAUUGCGCAAGCGCAGCCGCCAAGCCAGCCGCAGCGAUGUGCGGAUCCUUGAUGCCGCGCACGAGGCAGGCCACACCUCAUCCUUUGCGCCGUCCACCCUGGACGAGGCGGAAGCACAGCAGCAGCAGCAGCGGCGGCGGCAGCACACGCGCCGCGUUGGUGACACUGGCGCCGCAGAUGCCGGUGUGUUCAGCGGCGACAAUGAGCCUGGUGGGGCGUUUGAUGGCACUGAUGGUUAUGACGACGUGGAAGUGUUCAACCACGACAACACGUGUGAUUACGGCAACAGCGACAACAGCGAGGACGACAGCAGCGACCCUGAUAGCGCGUUUCAUCCACUCCUUCCUGCCAAUGGCAAGCACCAACACCACCGCAAGCCCCGCCACGACAGCAGCAGCAGCAGCAGCAGCAGGAAGAGCAAGGCAGCGGCGGUGCAGGAGCUCACACCUGCACAGGAGCUGGCUGCACGAACAGCGCAGAGCGGGGACACGCUCUCCCCCCGCAGCGUGGUGCAGCUUGCCUUUGAUCGCGGCGUGGGCAUCUCCACGGCGCUGUAUGGGCUGGUGGCGUUUGUGUCUGUGAUUGCGCAGGAGGUGCUGCCGCUGUACAUGCUGACGGCGGCCGCGGACGGCGGGCUCAACCUCAACCUGCAGGACAUUGGCCUGGUUGUGCUGUACGCUGCGCCUGCACAGAUCUUCACGCAGGUGAUUAUGUUCCCGUCCCUCAGCAAGCGGUUUGGCUACGUGGGCCUGUACAAGUUUGGCCUCACCCUGUUCACGCUGUGGAUCAUCCUCAUCCCGGAGCUGCCGCGCGUCUCGCCGCCACGCCAGGACUCGGCCCUCCUCCCUGCAACCAGCACCAGUGACAGCAGCGGUGGCAACGGUGGUGGUGGUGGUGGUACCAUGUCGUCUCAGCACUACCACCACGAUGCGCCUGCGGGUGCCGUGGGUGCGUCGUGGGUGCACUCGCCCGUGUUCCUCCCCGCGCUGCUGUUUGCGCUGACGCAGGCGUCGAUUGUGCUGAGCUUCACCUCCACGUUUGUGCUCAUCAACAACAGCUGCCCGCCGCACGAGCGUGGCACGGCCAACGGGCUUGGACAGUCGUACGCUGCGCUUGGUCGCGCGUCGGGCCCUGCGAUAGGCGGUGCCAUCUUUGCCUGGAGCGCGGGCGCACACCGCGCCUGGCCCUUUGACUACCACUUUGUGUGGUAUGUUGCCGCCGCCGUGUGUGUGGCGACAUACUGCUUGGCGCUGCGGUUGCCGGAGUCUGUCAUGCUGCAGGCUACAGGAAAGCUAGGCUCCAAACGCAACCCCACCAAGUCCUGAUUGAUACGGGAUGGGGGUGUGCGUGUAUAUUGGUGGUGUGCACUUGUAUGUAUUUGUGUUCUUGUGCGUGUGAGUAUCGGAUGGUGCGUACGUAUGUAUGCGUGCGUGUGUAUUUGAGUUCUGUGUGUCGGGUGUAUGUGUGUGUCGGGUGUACGUGUGUGCUAUUUGCUGUAAACCGUGUGCCUGCCGUCUGUCCAGUGGCAUGUGCGCCUGUGGCUAAUCAACCCAGUAAUUUGUUGGUGCUGACCUGAUCAUUGUGUUGCUGUGGAUGUGUACGUGCGUACUUAGCUUUCAUGUAAAGGUUUUUGUGUUUUCCCAA